AUGGAGUCAUCUCCCAGCGAUGCCGCUCGUCGUGUGCCUUUCCGACGAGGGUCCACGCCGAACUUUUCUCCUCAACGCUCGAGUCUGGACUUACCUCCGCUCCUGAACCUCGCUGCCUCCUAUCAGGACUACCCGGAGUCUCCCACGCGCAACGCGUCUCGUCGUCUUCUCGCUUCGCACAAGGAGGAGACGCUCUACUCCCUCAACGAUGAUGAUGAGUCAGAGAAGAAGCUCAAGGGAGGGAAGCGGGAGUGGUCCGUCAGGCGGGUCGUGAUCUAUCUGCUUCUAUUGGGAUGCGUGGGAAUGGCAGCAAAGAGGGUCUUUGUCAACAACGGAGGUAUCGGGUCGCUACGUGACGGUAAGCUUCACCUCGGAAACCUGUAUCGCGAUCCAGAGGAGCGCGGGCCUUGCCGAUUCGUCAGUCCCGUCGAGGCGUAUCAUCGGGACCUCAAGCGACUCCGCCGAAAAGUAGCAGACCAAUACGACUUUGACCUCGUCCACCCCUCGACGCUUAAUCAUACCGCUCGGUCCCACCAUCAUCAAUUCUCACACACGGGUCAUCUCCUCAUCUCGGACGCCCCGGGAUCACCUCAUCCAAUCCCUCUCCUCCUGUCUCUCGGCGAGAAGCGGUGGGAGGAGCUGCUCAGCCGGCAGAGUCAGAGUCUGGGGGAAGCAGUGAGGGAGUAUGAGCGGAGAUAUAGCCGGAAGCCGCCAAAAGGGUUCGAUAUCUGGUGGGAGAAGGUCAAGGAGUUCAAUCUUAUCCUGCCGGACGAGUACGAUCGGAUCAACCUCGACUUGGCGCCGUUCUUUGCGCUGCCCAAGGAGGAGAUGAAGAGGCGGAUGCGGAUGGUGGAGGAGAUGAAAGAGACGUUCACACUGAUCGUCAAGAACGGAAGGGUCGAUGUGAGGAUCAGGGAUAAAGGCGGUUUGAAAUGGGGCGGGACGUGGCCUCGCGCUCAGGAUGCGGCAUCGCUGAUCGCUGCAUUCGCUCAGGAUCUGCCCGAUAUGAAAGCCACCUUCUCGAUCUUCGACCAACCGCAGAUCUACCUGUCUUGGGCUCGAAGAGGAUCGUUGGUCGAGCUUGGUCUGCGAGGAGAACACACUGCCCAUCUGCAAGAAACGGACGACGCUGUGGUCAAGCUAUCAAGGAGCUGCCCUCCUGACAGUCAUUUCCGGACGGACGCAGACAUGACAGAGGGCCACUCGUUGAUCUACGACCCCCUUGAAGCCGGUGAUCUCUGUCAGAAUCCGUACCUCGUACCCCUGCAUGGCCUGACCAUCGAAGCGCACGACCAGUACUCUCAUCCUCGACCCCAUACCCAACUCCUCCCGCUCUUCAGCUUGGCCAAGACCUCCAUCAACUCCGAUAUCCUUAUUACCCCGCUCGACCAAUUUUUCGAUCCGCCCGGGCGAGAUCUCCGCUGGGAAGACAAGCGCUCCUCCAAACUCGCCUGGCGAGGGAGCCCGACCGGUAUCUCGAUGAUGAACCAAGAUCUCCCCUGGCGAGAUUCUCACCGUAUCAGGCUGCACCACUGGGCCAACAAUCGGACAUUAGAUGGCGUUAGCUACAUCAUGCCUGAUCUGGGACAGUCAGACGACGGAUCCGAGAUCGAGGACACGGUGGACGAGGCAGAGGAGGACGGAGAGCGGGAGAGACGGCAGGUGCAGAUGGAGCCGGGUCUGGCGUACAAGCGGGAGCAGGUCAAGACCAAGGUGGCGACUAAUUUCUUUGUCGAUGCCAAGCUGGCUGGAGGACCUAUCCAGUGUAGCGAGGAAGAUGGGACCUGCGAUGAGAUGAAGCAAGUCCCAUGCCCGCUUACAUCCAGCAUAGCUGACAAUAUCAGUAACGAAAUUAAUUGGGCACCGAGGCAGCGGGCAGAAAUCCUGAAUCGCCACAAAUUCUUGCUAGAUAUUGAUGGAAACGGAUGGAGUGGCCGCUUCAGGAGGCUUAUGAGUACCAACUCGCUCGUCAUCAAGGUCGGGAUCUUUACAGAAUGGUUCCAGCCGCAUCUUAUCCCAUGGUUCAUGUACGUCCCCGCCAAGCUGGACUUUUCGGACAUGUUUGAUAUCCUUGCUUUCUUCCGAGGCACACCCCACCACCCCGAUCUCGGCUUUGACGAGACAGCAAAAGCUCUCGCGCGGAACGGCAAAUGCUUCGUUCAGCGCAUGUUCCGGAUAGAAGAUCUGCAGGCGUACAUGAUGCGCCUCUUUCUCGAAUACGCUAGGUUGGCAGCGGACGAAGGAGUGGAUAUGGACUUCCAUUACAUAGAUCCCGCCGAUGUAUCGCUGGGAUCCGAGGCAGACAUCCAUGCUCAUAAAGCUUUCGACGAGUACAAAGACUUCCCAGAGCCAGAGGAGGACGGUGCCUGA